GACAAAGUCGGGCUCUAAGCACCCCCACCGUGUCGUGCACUCACGUCGCAGUCGCACACACCCGUCUGUCCCCCCCCCCCAGCCACGAUGCCCUCCGCCCGCCAGCCCAACCGCGCCGAAUACGAGCCCCUCAACCCCACCGCGACCGACUCCACCUCCGACCUCUCCUGGGAAGAAAAGCAGUCCUCCUCCUCGUCCUCUGCCGCUGCCGCCACCUGCUGCAGUGCUGCCUCAGGCGCCGCCGCGCUGCUCUCCCCGCGCGCGUUCUGGGCGCUCUGCGCCGUCGCCCUGCUCACCGUGCUCAACCUCGCGCUCUACCCGCGCACGCUCGCCACGAGCGCAGCGCACUACGCCCCGACCGGGCUCCCCACAAUCGGGUCCAGCCCAGGCCUCGACCGCGCCCGCGCGCAGGGCGGCCUCGCGAGCUUCCGCUUCGUGAAGCCCGCGCGCAUCGGGAGCGCCGACGCGCAGGACGCGCAGGACGGCAGCGCGGCGGAGGGCAUGUGGGCAAAGGGCCGCGCCCUGCGCAUGUCGCGCCGCGAAACCGCGCUCGUGCAGUUCACGGUGCCGGACGGCAACGCGUCCGCCCCGUGCGCGAUCGCGUUCUUCCGCCCGCCGCUCACGGUCACGUCCGAGCUCACGGGCGCGCUCGCGGCCGUCGAGGUCUGGGACGUGCCCGCGGCGGCGCUCUCGAGCUCCCCCUCGAGCUCCGCGGACGGCUCCGGCGACGCCCCGCUGUCGCUUGCGCGCGCGCAGGAGCGCAUGGUCGCGACGCUUGAUCUGACGCGGCAGGCUGCGCUCGCGACGAGCGGAGAGUUUGCGUGUGCGGCCGGCGAGCGGCGCGUGUUCGAGGUCCGGUGUCCCGCCGGGAAGGCGUGCGUCGUCCAGUACACGGACAAGCCCAGGCUGAACAUCGGAUUUCAGCUGAGGAGGAAGAUUUAG